AGAAAAGAAUUGAAAGAGACCAAACAAGGUACGAGGAGCAACGCUCCGACAGACAGAGGGAGAACUCAGACAUUUCGAUCGGAGCCCGAGAAAUGUGUUUAAUGAAGCUCCAAGACUCUGAAGUCUGAUCCCAUUCGUAACACGAAAAUUCACGAUAAAUGCCACUCUUCUCUCACACUCACCGCACUUCCUCUUCUCUCCCAACCUCCGGCUCCUACUCUUCCAAACUUCUCAAGCCCCUAAAACCCAGUUCUGCCCCUCCCACCUCUCGCUUCCCACUCCCCAUUCUCGUCUUUUCACUCCUCUGCUUCCUCUUUGGCCUCUCCGCCACCAUCUUCGCCGUCUACUCUCUCCGCCGUCCCAUACCCCUGCUUAGCUUCCGAUGCGGCCGAUCCGAAGACACCUUUCGGGCAUUCUACUCCAGCUCUCGGAAGCUCGGAGAUCAUGGUGCCUUGGUGGAGCGGCCUAAGCAUCUUGGGUUCGUUGGAAUUCAGACCGUUUUCGGCUCCGUUGAUCGCCGGGCUGCUCUUCGGAGCACUUGGUUUCCCUCUGAUCCAGAUGGGCUUUUGAGGUUGGAACAAGCCACUGGUUUAGCUUUUAGGUUUGUAAUUGGCCGAUCCAAAAAUUCAAAAAAGAUGGUAGAGCUUCAUGAAGAGGUGGAGAAGUACAAGGAUUUCAUGUUUAUUGAUCUUGAGGAAGAAUAUUUAAAGCUUCCAUACAAAUCGUUGGCAUUUUUCAAAGCAGCCUUUGAACUUUUUGACGCUGAUUAUUACGUCAAAGCUGAUGAUGACAUUUAUUUACGUCCUGAUCGACUAGCAACUCUUCUAGCAAAGGAGCGAACCCAUUCACUGACUUACAUUGGAUGUAUGAAGAAAGGACCAGUGAUCACUGACCCUAAAAUGAGAUGGUAUGAGAAAUCGGGACAUCUGAUUGGAUCUGAAUACUUUUUGCAUGCUUAUGGUCCUAUAUAUGUCCUUUCUGCGGAGGUGGUAGCUUCACUAGCAACUGCCAGAAAUAAUAGUUUGAGGAUGUUUAGCAAUGAAGAUGUCACAAUUGGGUCAUGGAUGCUUGCUAUGAACGUGCAUCAUGAAGAUAACCGGGCAAUAUGUGACCCUCGAUGCACACCUACAUCUAUUGCUGUGUGGGACAUCCCAAAAUGUUCAGGUUUAUGCAACCCAGCUAGACGGCUGAAGGAGCUUCACAAGAUGAGUAUGUGCUCCAAAAGUCCAACCUUGCCUCCUGAUGACAGGUAGUACCCCCCGGUCUUGCCCUGAAUUACACUCAAACAUACAUGCUGAAAACAGAGGAAGAUCAGCUCGUAUAACUGGGAUUUCUUCUUUCCUGGGAGGAUUAAAAAGGCAUGAACGCUACUAUAUGGUGAAUAUAAAGCGAUAGUUAGUUUAAACUAGUGUGAAAGCUUUUAUGGUAUAAGCGAUUAUCGAAACUGUCGUUACCUGUCGGCUGGUUUCAUCGGGGAAUAAGAAGUUAAAACCUUUGCUAAAUACUGUAAUUUCUGUGGAGCAAUCGUGAUCUGGGAAAGAUUGGCUUUU